CGCGAAACCGCGGCACGGAGACGCACAGACCGGGAGAAUGUCGACUAUAUGAGCUCUCAAACAAAUCAUGUCCCUUCAAUUCUGCGCACGGAGCUGAAGUGAUGGAGAUGCAGAGGGACAGAAAGGCGUUUGGCGUGCUUUGCUCCAACCAAAUCGGCCAACGAGGAAGGAGAGUUGCAGUAAACAACAGGGAUAGAAUGCUGAUGCCAAGAAGCAGCAGUCCUGUUACUGUGUAUGUCGAGCUCCCUCGCAUCAUUGAACAAGCCUUCUCAACAAUUGCAUGGGAUGAUUUGGAAGACUGUGCGGCUGUGGUGAGACAGGACAGAGACUCUCUGGGCUCUCAGGUGAAUGGAUCUGAUGCAGAUGACCAAGACUUUGGAGACUAUGCCCUGGAUUUUAUGGCAGAGUCUCCUGCCACCCUGGAGAGCAGCCUGUCUCCAGGUGAACUGGUGCCCUUUCAGGGAUGUGUCAUACCUCCCCUCACCCCUCAGCGGGACUUCUCUCCUGAAGACAGUCUGGUUAACUCAUCCACAGAAACAGGCAAGCCCUCAGCCCAGGAUGGAGCUCCCUGGAAGGGCGUCACAGAGUGUCAUGUCAGGGCUUUGGAGCAUUCAAUAGAGGCCAACAAACAGCUCCACGAGACUCUUCACAGUCAACAGGAAGAAAUCGACUCCCUUGAGAGGAGAAACCUUCACCUCAGGCAGCUGGCCAGUCGAGCAAAGCACCUGGCCUCAGUGUUAGAAAAACUGAUGACAGUCAGAGAUCCAAAUAUAAGAGAACCCGUGAGGCCUUGCGCCGCUAAAGCCUCUCUGAGUCCCUGUAAGCGGCAGCGACUGGAUGAAGGGUAUGAAACAGAGUCCUCGGUUGACUCGGUGGAGGACAUGCUGAGGGACGUCAGCACACGCUGCAACGCUGUCCUGCACAGCAACACUGCUGGGACUGGUCUGCAGCAGGAACCAGAGACCGUACGCAUGCGCGGCACAUUCUCGGGCCUACAUAUGUCUAUAUCCAAAGACAGCAGCGCGACGGCCGCUGGAGCGGAAGCUGAAGAGAGCGUUUCAUCUUUCAGGACCUCUAUCAGAGAACACUGCACCAUACGGACUCAAGUCUUCCCUCAUGGACAUGCCUUCACCUCGAGGACGCAGCAAGGUGGAUAUCGCUUUCGCUGGGUCCCCAACCAGAGCUGAAAUCAAAUACUAGCGCGUUAAGCUGGAACCCUUGUGUGGUUCUGAUUAAUAAUAUGGUAAAAAGACAUACAUGCGGAAGGAACUAGGGGGAAGUGUGGGUGGGCAGCAAUGGUAAAUGCUUAACUAAUAUUCAACGGUGAUAUCUGUAAAUGAUUAAAUGAUGUCUUCCUCAGGUAGCUUGUAAGCUAAUCAGUCAAAGGUGGCGCAUGACAAAGGAAAUAAUACUGCCCAAGCUGCUGUUUACAUUGUGUUUCUGUUUACAUGCCCUGUUUAUUUUGGCAUAAAACUGCAUAGUUUUGUCUUGAAA